UUAAUCUCUACGCUUCUCUCUCUGUAAUUACUCAUCGAGAGCAUCCCUCUCUAGAAUAUUGAGUAUUGCUGACUUGAGCGUCGGAGUGUUUUCCCCGAGGAGACCACCUCGAGAUUUUCAGGUGUAGAAGCAGCCGAGGACUUCAACAGUGUUGGAUUGCGAAGCUGUCCAAACAUUUGGCGCCGUCUGUGGGAAGCGAACAAGAAGUUGUGUGACUUAACCAGCUAAGAAACAAGAUGGUCCAUACCUUUACAGGAGGUUGUCCUCCAAGAAACGAAAUGGACGAGCAGGAGGACGCUCAAGUAUCUGAGCCCGGCUUGAAUGACUUUAGGCCAAUGCCAAGAAACCUCUUCGUCGGGGGAGCAGAACAGGAUCACCUAAGCGAAACAGAUGAUGAUGAUGAAAGAACACCAACGGGGUAUGCAACCCAGCCUGAACAGUUCCAAGCUCCAACAGGAACAAGACCAAAACCUUCUAGACCAUACAAUUCACAGCAUGAACGACCUGAAAGGUCAACAGAACCUGCUCGGGCAACCGAGCUCGAAGAGAGAACCAGAAUUCUCGAAAUGGCAAUGGGUAAAAUCCUUGCCCCCCUGAUCCUUGACAACCCCCUAAUUCCCUUGUUGAACAGGGAUACACCACCAGCUACGGUUGUGGCAACUCGAAACUCCCCCGCUCUAAGCAACAUAGUAGUGCCAACCAAGCCAAGGGGAAGUGGGAAGCUAAAUAACGAGCCCAGCUCGUCCAAACAUAGUGAAGAGCUGAUGAGGAAAAAUGCAGAUCUGGAAAGGCAGCUAAGGGACGUGCAGAAAUCUAUAGACGAGCUGAAAAGCCCCAGAUCGCACCAGCAGACUCUCGAUUUGGAUACCAUCAUGAGAAUCCAGAAUGCCAAUGAUGCCAUGAUGUGCAAAGUGUUCACAGCAACACUCAAGUCGACAGCCAGGAGAUGGUAUCACAAACUCCCCAGACAUUCCAUAGACUCAUAUUCCCAGCUCGCCAAGCUAUUCUCCAACAAAUUUGCGAGCCAAAGGGAGAUUAAACGUACAGCGACCGAACUAAUGCAGGUUCAUCAGAAAGAGGGAGAAUCUUUGAGGGACUACAUGCAACGAUUUAACAAAGCUACUUUGGACAUUGAUAACGUCCCCGAUACCAUUUGCUUAUCUGCCCUGUUGCAUGGUCUGAAGCCUAGCCGGUUUUUGGACGACCUGUUGGAGAAUCCACCCAAAUCGUGGAAUGAAGUAAAUGACAAGUCGGCAAGCUUCAUAUUAUCAAAAGAUUUGCAAUCUUCUAAGAGACGAGCUGAUGACAGGCAAGGGAAAGAACCCAAGCAGCCUGAAAACAAAGAUGACAAGAAGAAACAGAAGGUUGGCAAGCAGAGAGGGAAGCCACCUUCCUAUCCAAAAUAUGACAGCUACAUCCCCCUGAGCUCGUCACGAUCCCAGAUAUUGGCGCAAAUACAACAUUGGGUCAAGAGACCCCCUCCGCAAACGCAUGAUUCUUCACGAGCUGAUAGAAGCAAAUACUGCGACUAUCACCGUGUCUACGGCCAUAACACAGAAGACUGUGAGAGUCUGAAAGACGAGCUUGAAUUCUUGGCUCGCAAUGGAAAAUUGGAGGGGUAUGUGCAGAAGCCUUUUGUUCGGCAACCCACCCAAACCCAGUUUGUACAAGAGUACGGCCGAUCUCAAACACCUGGUUAUCAGCUCGGUGGCAAUCCAAAUUCUUACCAGGCAGGUCCGUACUCAUCUGAGCCGAACAGAGCAUACAGGGAACGCCCGUUAAAUAGGCGUGGGCAAGGACAGAAAGCACCUGCACAGAAUCCAAAGGACCACAGAGGGGUUGGGUAUGGAGGAAUACCCCCUCAAUCUGGCACAAUCAAUAUGAUCUUUGGUGGUAUGCACUCAGGGGGCCAGAGUGCCCGAGCCCGCAAGGCAUAUGCCUGCCAGGUGAUGACAGUCAACAAAAACAGGUCCUUGAAGCGGCCGUUCAAGGAGGCAGAGUGGGAGAAUGCAGCUAUCACAUUCAGCCCGGCAGAUUAUAAGCGAGCAGACGGCGAUCCCAACGUUAUGAUGCCUCACGCAGAUCCAUUUGUCGCAACGGUCCAUAUAGGUAAUCAUAACGUCAACAAGGUCUUUAUUGAUACAGGACCCAUCUACGGGUUCGAUAACCAGCCCGUCCCGGUGGAAGGGGUCAUAACUCUACCCAUCUAUGUGGGCUCGGAACCACGCUUCAAGAUGGCCUCAGUCAGCUUCCUGGUCGUCAAAAUGGAGUCAACCUUCAACGCCAUAUUAGGAAGGGCUACUCUGUGCGAGCUGAAGGCUGUUAUUUCACAGCCCCAUCUCUGCAUGAAAUUCCCAACGCCUCAGGAGGUAGGGGUGCUAAGGGGGAAUCAGAAGAUGGCUAGGGCAUGUUAUCAAGAUACAUUUAAGAAGGUUGAGCUCGUUGUAGCCCCGAGAGGCUCUGAAAGUAGUAGACCGAAUCAGUCGGGUCAGGAGACAAUGAGCAUAUCGGACAUCGAGCAUAGACCUGAGGGUGUCGAGCAGAAAGUAGAGCCGGUAGAGUCGGUAGAAACAGUUCCUUUAAACCCUGAUGUGCUGGAAAGAACAGUCAAGAUCGGUACCAAGCUCACAAAGGAAGAACGAGCAGAGCUUCUGGAGUUUUUGAGGAUUAAUCAGGAUGUGUUUGCAUGGACUACGGAUGAAAUGCCUGGCAUUCCAACGGAGUUGACAGUCCACAAACUCAGCACGGACCCUACCAGAAGGCCAGUGGUUCAAAAACGUCGCCUUUUUGGCCCUGAGAAGCAAGUCGCCAUAGAUGAAGAGAUACAGAAGCUGUUACAGGCGGGCUUCAUCAGAAGAGUGGAGUACUCUCAAUGGGUGUCCAACACUGUGCUCGUCAAAAAGCCAAAUGGCAAGUGGAGGAUGUGCAUUGAUUUCACCAACCUCAAUGACGCGUGUCCAAAAGACCCUCAUCCUCUGCCGAAUGUCGAGAAGUUAGUAGAACGAGCAGCAGGACACGAACGGAUGAGCUUUCUUGAUGCCAGUUCGGGUUAUCAUCAGGUCCAACUGUUGUUAGACGACCAGGAGAAAACAACUUUUUACGCCGGUGACGCAAUCUACUGCUAUGUGAUAAUGCCAUUUGGCUUGAAGAACGUUGGUGCAACAUAUCAGAAACUGGUGCAAAUAGUUUUUAAGCUCCAGAUCGGCAGAAACAUAGAAGUAUAUGUGGAUGACAUGAUAGUCACCAGUGUACGAGCUGAAGAUCACAUAGGCGACCUGAGUGAGACCUUUCAAAACUUGCGCCGAGCUCAAAUGAAGCUAAAUCCCCUCAAAUGCACAUUUGCUGUAGAGUCAAGAAAAUUCCUAGGGUACGUGGUAUCCAAGAAAGGAAUUGAAGUAAAUUCGGAGAACGUUCAAGCCGUUCAGCAGAUGGAGCCACCCAAGACUGUCAAGGAUGUACAGCAAUUGACGGGCCGUGUAGCUGCGCUACAUAGCUUCAUAGCCAGGUCGGCGAAAAAAUGCCUCCCCUUCUUCAAGGCCCUGCAAGAGCCUAAGAACUUUCAAUGGACUGAUGAGUGUCAGAAGGCGUUUGACGAGCUCAAACAAUAUCUGGCAUCAGCACCCCUGCUGUCCAAGCCUGUAGAGGGGGAGAGUUUAUACUUAUACAUGGGGGUUACAAGAGAGGCAGUGAGCUCGGUCCUGCUCAGGGAAGAGAAUAAGAAUCAGAAGCCUAUCUGCUACGUAAGCAAGGUUUUGCAAGCUGCAGAGCAGAACUACCCAUUAGCAGAAAAGGCUGCCUUUGCCCUGGUUUACACAGCUCGCAAGUUGAGGGCUUACUUCCAAUCACGUCAGAUUGUUGUCUAUACCGACUUGCCAUUGAGAAAAAUACUACAGAAACCUGAACUCUCUGGCCAGGCCGUUGCAGACUUUCUGGUGGAAUGCAUCUCAGCAGCUAAGGAAGAAAAAACACCCGAACACCCAGCUUGGGUUUUGUAUGUUGAUGGAGCGGCUAACAUUGAAGGGUCGGGUGCUGGGGCUGUGUUAGUGAGCCCAGAUGGUUUUAAGUCUGAGCACACACUGAGGUUUAAGUUUCAGACGACUAAUAACGCUGCAGAAUAUGAAGCCCUCAUUUACGGACUGAAACUGGCGUCCGAGCUGAAGGUACAAAGCAGUCAGGUUUUCAGCGACUCUCAGCUCGUUGUGGGCCAGGUGAAUGGCAGUUGUGAAAUCAGGGAUCCCCAGCUCGGUCGUUAUGCCUCUGUGGUCAACAGAUUGAAAUCAGUAUUUGUCAUUUUCCAAAUUGAUAAAAUACCAAGAGCAGACAACCACCGAGCUGACGAGCUGUCGAAGUUGGCCUCCUCGCAGGACCUUAACCCUCACAGAUCGACAAUUAUCGAGGUACUCGACACACCAAGCUACAUUGACUUCACAGUUGAGUGUCAGCUGCUAAGCACAGACCCCUCUUCACCGAGCUGGACCACCCCGCUCAUAAGCUAUCUGCAAAAUGGCGAGCUACCCGAAGAUCCAUCCACUGUAAGAUUGAUUAAGCGCAGGGUGGCUCAUUUUACUCUGUUAGAAAAUCAGCUCUACAAACGAGCAGCCUCUAUGCCCCUAUUACGCUGCCUCACUCCUUAUGAAGCUGAAUAUGCUGUGAGGGAGGUUCAUGAAGGAGCAUGUGGCACACAUAUAGACGGUAGAAAUUUAGCUCAGAAACUCCUAAGGCAUAGAUAUUACUGGCCAACAAUGGUUGAGGACGCACAGAACUAUGUCAAAAAGUGCUUGACCUGCCAGUUCAACGCAGAUGAUAUUCACAUGCCAGGGGAAAUGCUCUCAUCACUCUCAUCUCCUUGGCCUUUUGCUCAAUGGGGAGUCGACCUGCUCGGCCCUUUUGUGAAAGGCAAAGGAGGAUGCACUUACCUUGUUGUCGCGGUGGAUUACUUCACCGAGUGGAUAGAAGCAAAACCAUUGUCCACGACAACAGAAAAGAAAAUAGAAGAAUUCUUGUUCAAUUCAAUAUUGUGCAGGUUCGGCAUAACCAAGCGUAUUAUCGCUGACAAUGGGCCACAGUUCCGAGCAGCAGCGCUGAGGUCGUUCUGUAACGACUAUGGCAUUGAGCUCUCCUUGACGUCUGUAUAUACUCCACAGUCAAACGGACAGGCCGAGUCCGCCAAUAAAAUUGUUUUGCGGGGCCUCAAGACGCAUGUUUUAGCUGCACAGUCUAAUUGGGUUGAUGAGCUCAAUAAAGUGCUUUGGUCAUGUCGCACCACGUCCAGCUCGGCUACAGGCGAAACCCCAUUUAGCCUGGCUUAUGGAGUUGAGGCCGUCAUCCCAGUAGAAGUCGAGCUGCCAUCUGAAGGAGUAGGUCGGCACAACGGACCUCAUAAUGAGCAGCUACUAAGAGAGAACCUAGAUCUGGUGGAGGAAGUCAGGGAAAUGUCUCGAAUAAGGAACAUGGCGCACCAGAGUCGCGUUGCAAAAUUCUAUAAUAAAAGAGUUCGAGCUCGCCAGUUUCAGGUCAGCAAUCUGGUUCUGCGCAAAGCUGGAUUAACUAAUACUUAUGCGCACAUGGGCAAGCUCGCCCCUAAUUGGAAAGGCCCUUAUAUGGUUAUUAAUAUUAAACGACCUGGGUGUUACCAAUUAACAGAUGUACAAGGUCGUCCAUUACCAUUCAUCUGGAACGUACACAACCUUAGAAAGUUUUACAGUUAACAUUUUGAUGUUGUUGUCUUAAUUCAAAUUAUCCUCAAUCAAAUGUAAAGAGCAAUGUAUAGAACAGUUCACAGCAAUAUACACAGAAAUCUGGA